GGAGGAGGAGGAGGAGGAGGGUUGGAGGAGGAGGGUUGGAGGCUCCGCACCGGAUGCUCAGCGCAGCUGUUCUUGUCAGACAAACGUUUCAUGUGAGCGAAUGCAGGCGGGCGGUUGAACAUUACACAACAACGACACAGUGCUGCGAGCUGCCAUGGCCUCAGGUGGAGCCACAGCGCCCGGGGUCACCCAUUUGGCCGCAAAGGUGGAGCUGACCAUCUCCUGCGAGAACCUCUUGGACAUGGACGUCUUCUCCAAGUCUGACCCACUGUGCGCCUUGUACAUCAACACCUCGGGCUCCCAGUGGUACGAGUAUGGGCGCACCGAGAUGAUCUUGAACUGCCUGAACCCCAAGUUUGCCAAGAAGUUUGUCAUCGACUACUAUUUCGAGAUGGUGCAGAAGAUGAAGUUCUGCGUGUAUGACAUCGACAAUAACACCUACGACCUGGGCGACGAUGAUUUUCUGGGGGAGCUUGAGUGUACGCUGGGCCAAAUUGUUUCCAGCAAGCAGAUCACUCGAUCUUUGUUGCUGAAAGACAAGAGGCCAGCAGGUCGUGGUACCAUCACAAUCUGCGCUGAAGAAAUAACAGACAACAGAGUAGCAGAGUUUGAGGUGGCGGGCCGCAGGAUGGACAAAAAGUAUUUGUGGUGGUCCGACCCUUUCCUGGAAUUCUACAAGCAGACGGAGACUGGGUGGCAGCUGGCUCACAGGACAGAGGUUGUGUACAACAACCUUAACCCAAUAUGGAGACCCUUCCGCUUGUCACUGCGAUCGCUCUGUGGAGGAGAUGUGGAGAAGCCUAUAAAGGUUGACUGCUACGACCAUCGUGUCAACGGCUCUCACGACCUCAUCGGGAGCUUUAAAACCACACUAGCAGAGUUGCAAGUGGGAACGCACAUUUCCCCGGUUGAAUUCGAGUGCAUUAACCCCAAAAAGUUGAAGAAGAAAAACUACAAAAACUCUGGGGUCAUCUGCGUCAAGCGCUGCCAGGUGCUGAAGGAGUACACCUUCCUGGAUUAUGUCAUGGGCGGUUGUCAGAUCAACUUCACUAUCGCCAUCGACUUCACUGGUUCUAACGGGGAUCCAAACUCUCCUGAUUCCCUCCACUACAUCAACCCUGAUGGCUACAACGAAUACCUGGCAGCCAUCUGGGCCGUGGGUAAUGUCAUCCAGGACUAUGACAGUAACAAAAUGUUCCCUGUCUUUGGUUUUGGAGCCAAGAUCCCUCCCACCUGGCAGGUUUCGCAUGAGUUUCCCAUCAAUUUCAACCCAGCAAAUCCAUUCUGUGCAGGCAUAGAUGGCGUGGUGCAGGCAUACCAGCAGUGUCUGCCCCAGCUGAAGCUCUGGGGUCCCACCAACUUUUCUCCCAUCAUCAACCAUGCCGCCUGCUUCGCCCGACAAGCUCUCCGGCAGAACACGGCCUCACAAUACUAUGUGCUGCUCAUCAUCACCGACGGCGUGAUCACAGACAUGGACCAGACACGCACCGCGAUUGUUGAGGCCUCUCGUAUGCCCAUGUCCAUCAUCAUAGUGGGUGUGGGCAAGGCAGACUUCGGCGCAAUGGAGUUCCUUGACAGUGACGACCAAUUGCUGCGCUCGCCGAACGGUGACGUCGCCGCAAGAGACAUCGUCCAGUUUGUGCCCUUCAGAAAUUUCCAGGGAAACAGUGUGGCCCUCGCCCAGAGCGUCCUGGCAGAGCUGCCUGAUCAAUUGGCCUCCUUCUUCAAUUGCUACAAGUUGAAACCCCCUACUAUAUCUGGUGUUUCUGAGCCGUCCUAGAAAGGUUGGAUAAUUGACCCAAAUACCUCAUAUUCAUUACUUGCCUGCAUCUCGUGCACCUUCUUAACUUGUGUGUUCCCUGUACGGAGCGAUGCAAAGUAAUGCCAAGAAUGGAUCUUUACAGCUUGUGUUUUCACAUGUAAGGGGAAACAUUUCGCCCCAAAUCUGUGUUUGGAUUUAUUAUGGUUUAUUUAUUAUGGUUCCUGUGACACAUUGACUCGUAAUGCAUGAAAUCACUGAAGCAAUCACAAUAAAAGCAAUCACACUGUUCUCCGCGCACUAAAAAUGUAUCACUUGACAUGCUGGUAAGGCUUUGAUGAAUAAAUUAUUGUGCAAGUGCUUUCAAGUCA